AUGUCUGAAAAGCCACCAGCACCGCCGCCGCGCUCGGGAUCCAUCUCGAAGGCCGGCACUGCGGGUCCCAGCAUCUCGCGUCCUCCGCUGCCCGUUUCCCACACAAAGCCGUUGCCUGCGGGUCCCGCCGCUGCGAACGGCACUCCCGCGGCGUCAUCGCCUUCGGCGGCCACUAGCCCUGCACGGAGAGGCGGGCCCCCGCCGCUGGCCAAGCAGCCAUCACUCGAGCGCCCUCCGGCCCCUGGCGCGGGCAACGGCGGCAGUAGUGUCUUGAAUUCCGCACGCCCAAUCCCACAGCCUGCUCCUGUGUCGGCGGGCGCGGCCACCAGCGCGACGGACGACAACUCCCCCAAAGAAAACCUCCUGGCGCGUCUCGCCAACAAAAUCCCUGCCAAGCUGCGCGGCGAAGGCGAAAAGCGACGACCCGAAAUCUCUGGUCCCACCGACUUUGUGCACGAGGUCCACGUCGGCUUUGAUGUGGAAACGGGCGAAUUCACGGGCCUGCCCCAGCAAUGGCGCAUUCUGCUCGAGUCGUCGGGCAUUUCAAAACAAGAACGCGCACAAAACCCCCAAGCGGUCUUGGAUGUGCUCGAGUUUUACACUGGCCAAAACAAGGACAAGGAAGACCCCUCUGCUGGCUCCAAGUUCAUGAAGCCCGCCUCCACGCCGCCAACCGCUCACAAGGCAGCAACACCAGCCACCUCUCCUGCGGGCGCCGCUGGCGCGUCAUCCUCCGCUGCCACUGCCGCCGCUGCCGCUGCCGCUGGUGGUGCAGCAGGCAAAGCUGCCCUGUUGCCCAAGCGCUCCGUCCCUGAGGCCCCCGCGGUAACGGCUGCGGCGUCCGCCGCUGAUUCAAAGAAGCCGCCACCGCCGAUUGUGCCACGGCCUCGUCACACCAUGACCUUCGACACCCAAGAUAUCCCCAACAAGGAGCCCCAGUCGUACGCAGCAGCUGCCGGCGCCGCCACGACAGCCAAGCCACCAGCGCCCGUUGCUCCCGAGCGGCCCGUGCAGCCGCAGCAACCCGUCACCACCAAGCCGCAAACUGCUGCCGCUCCUGGCCAAGAAACGAUGCGUCGCGAAAAGAAGACCAAGAUGUCUGACGAAGAGGUUAUCUCCCGGCUACGCGCCAUUGUCAACAAUGCCGACCCCAAGAAGCUGAAGAAGGAUCUCAUCAUUAACGAAAUCCUGGUCAUGAAGGAAAACAAGCAUCGCAACAUUGUCAACUACGUCGACAGCUUCCUUCUUGAGGGCGAGCUGUGGGUUAUUAUGGAGUAUCUUGCUGGUGGCUCGCUCACCGACGUUGUCACCAAUGAGCCUCAGAUCGCUGCCGUUUGUCGCGAGUGCUUGCAAGCCCUCGAAUUUUUGCACUCGAAGAAUGUCAUUCAUCGUGAUAUCAAGUCCGACAACGUGCUUCUCGGCGAAGAGGGCGAUGUCAAGCUAACUGAUUUCGGUUUCUGCGCCCAAAUCACGCCCGAGCAAUCCAAGCGAACAACCAUGGUCGGCACUCCCUACUGGAUGGCCCCCGAGGUUGUCACGCGCAAGCAAUACGGCCCCAAGGUGGAUGUGUGGAGCUUGGGCAUUAUGGCCAUUGAAAUGGUCGAGGGCGAGCCGCCGUACCUGAACGAGAACCCGCUUCGUGCUCUCUAUUUGAUUGCCACAAACGGCACUCCUCAAAUUCAACACCCUGAAAACCUCACCGAUCUGUUCAAGGAUUUCCUCAGCCACUGCCUCGAAAUGGACGUGGAUAAGCGUUGGUCUCCCACAGAUCUUCUCAAGCAUCCCUUCCUCCGAAAGGCUGCACCACUUAUUAGCUUGCAGCCUCUUAUCAAGGCUGCCAAGGAGAGCGCCACUACCACUCAGUUCUAA